AUGGCGGAUCUAACGGAUCUUGGUGGGCCGUCGAAGCCCGUUUUGGCAAUGAUCAUACCCAGCGCCAGCUGGAGCGGUAGCUCGCCCAAGCCGCUUGGGGAUUUAGAUGCCUCUAUCGGCUCGGAGGCGGAGGACGCGCCCAUGACCAUCGGCAAGGUCACGUCGCUGACCUUCAGCUUGCCCGUGAACUCGCCGACCAUGUUCCUGAUGCCCACCUCCCCCACAGGAGGCGCCUCUAACAGCAGCCGCAGGUUGGAAGCCUACGAGCGGCCCACCCGGGGUUCUCUCCUAGCGGCUCCCAGCCCAGGACAGCAGGGCCAGCGUGGCGAUGGCACGGGCAGCGCAGGCCUGGCUCCCCGAUUUCGGGACUCCAUGGCUAGUGGCCGCAUGCGGAACUCCACGGCCACGGAGGUAGAAGGCGACGAUUUCGAGCGCAAUGGAACCGAAAGUGAGGAUCGAGUGGGCGAGUUGACCUACUCCAUGGAUAAGCAGGGCACCGACCUUUGCACCAGCAUGGACUCUUCGAACCGCAGCUCCUGGGUCACUUGGUCCCCGAGCAGGAUGCGGCCGAAGCAGAGCAAUGCCACCGCUUCCAUGUCUUUGAAGUCCAUGGAGUUGGAAGAUCCCUCCCUGCUUCGGGCCACGACGCUGGUGCAUAUCCUAGCCGGCUGGGGCAAGCACCUGAAAACCAUUGGCGGGGGACCUCCUGAGUAUUCGAACAAGAUUUUCAGCAAGUCGCAGCCCACCGAAGAGAUCGACUACUUCGUGAGCCACUGCUGGCGCGACACACGACUCCCUAAGCUGCUGGCGCUAUGGAUCCACAGCAAUAUCGGCGGCGCCAUCUGCAUGUCGUUCUUGGUCUGUAUUGCCCUGGCCUUGCUGGUGUCGCAAAAGGUGAUCCCGUCUGCGCCAAGUUGGCUUGGCGUGACGGCAACACGUGGGCUUCCCUGGUGCUUGUUCUUUGGCUCGAUGACCUUUGUUGUCAGCCUCGUAAACUGGCACCACCUUCGGGCGGCAUGUGGGUUUCGGAGAACCUACUUCAUGGACAAAUUCUGCGUACAUCAAGGAGACCCGGACCUCAAACGACGGGGCGUCGCGUCCUUUGCGGCCUUCAUUGGAAAAUCUCAGCGGAUGCUCCUUCUUUGGAGCCCUCAGUACUUCACGCGUCUCUGGUGCACACUAGAGGUUGCGGCUUUGGUCAGAGCGUCGAAUGGCAUCAAUGGCCAAAUUGAAGGAGCUUUGCCCCUGGAAUUCUUUCCGCUGCAACUGGCAUCGGUCAGUUGCAUGGCUUGGUUCCUUCAGUUUAUCGCCUUCCUGGCAAUCGACAUUUACAGGAUGUUCAACCCCAACGACCUUGCCGCUGCCAGCGUCACUGUAUUCCUGGUCAUCCUCGCCUCCAUGAUUCUCAUGCGAUCGCUCACAGCAUAUGCGCGGGCCAGGGUUGCCUUGGCGGACCAGCUGCAGAACUUCAGCAUCCAGGAGGCCCAGUGCGCCCGCCUCGAAGACCGAGCGAAGGUCCAAGAGCGCGUCCUGAAAUGGUUCGAGAGCUUGGACUCAUGUAACCAACACAUUCGUGAGAAGGUCAAAGACCAAGUGUUGGCGGUGUUGGGCCCAAGUCAGCAUUAUCCGACAAGGAUGAUUCUGCCGGUGAUGCUGAUCAACAUCUUCGACGAGGCCGACUACAUCAGCAGCGGCCUCCAUGUACACCAAGGUGCCAACGGGUGGUUCAGCUCAAUGUGCUGGUGCUGCUUCGUGGGCACUGCAGUUCCAGUUUGCUACAGGUUCAGCCACUACUUCUUCUACAAGCCGUGCAGCAGUUCAUGGUGCGAAUGCCUCAUGUCGCUCCUAGCGGGGCUCAUGGCAAGCCUUUAUCUGCUUGGCGGCUACUACCUCUCCAUACAGUCGUACGGCGGCGGCAUUCCUACCUGGCUGUCUGCCAUGGCAGCCCUUGCGCUGCUAUUUCUUCUGAUCUGGCUCCAGCGCGCCGAUUGGAUUCCUUUGUUCUAUGCCAUGUACGACAUUGUGGACAACGAGGUAAGUUAA